ACCAAUCUCAGGAGCGAGCGUUAGUAAAGACUGUAUAUACCUCCACGCUUAUCCCCCUCUCUGGUCUUCUACCACGCCGCUCGUUAACGACGCCUCUGCACGCGCACCCGCUGCUUCGGUCGCGCACCAUAGCGCCCAAAUCCCGCUUCGCUACUCUGAAUUCUCGGCCUCUGGACCUGCGCGCCCGCUCCGAGCACCCUAGCCACACCCCGCACCAUGUCGCGGACGGUCAAUUUGGUUGUCAUCGGGGACAUAAUCUGCCCCUGGUGCUACAUUGGCGAGAAGGAGAUGGAGAACGCCGUUGAGGCCGUCCGGGAUCUGCCCAUAACCAUCAAGAUUGAGCACAGGCCAUACCAGCUCCAGCCGUCGCUCCCGGAGGACCAGGCGCUGGUCAAGCGCGAAUGGUACAUCAAUCGCUUCGGCAAGGAGAAGUUCCAGUCGAUCAUGCAAAUGAUCACCCUCCGAGGGCAGCAGCUCGGCCUAAAUAUCAAAUAUGACGGCACAAUCACGCAAACCGUGCGCGCGCACCGGCUAAGCCUCAAGGCACUCAAGGUCGGCGGGCAGCAGAUGCAGCAGACCUUCCUGCAGGCGAUCAACAAGGCAUACUUCGAGGAGAACCGCAAUAUCGGUGACUCCGACGUCCUCAGCGACCUCGCGCAGGCGGCCGGGAUCAUGGCGAAAGACGAGGCGGUGAACUUCCUUGAGUCGGACGACUGCCGGGAGGAGGUGGUCAACAUGAUGUCGGAGGCGCGCAAAAAGGGCGUGACGGGCGUACCGUUCACAAUCAUCGACGGACGGUGGGCGGUCAUUGGCGGGCAGACCGCGGAGGUGUACAUCCAGAUCUUCAAGAAGCUCGCACAGACGGAGAAAGUAGUACCUAUUUGUGAUGUGCAGUCUGGUCCUGUGUGCUCAGAUCCGUGAUUUGGCUUGCAGGAACUCCCGUGAUCGCUUCGCGCCAUGACAUCGUGCGUUUCGUUGGGGGAGGGAGACGGCUGGGGAGGACGACGGUGAGAUUCCCGUUCAUGUUGUGCCACACUAGAUGGGAGGCCGGUGGGACUCGGGCGAGCUGGGCGGGCGCGGACAGAUUUUCGCGGUUGGGGUCUGGAGGUUGUUGUGUUAGUACGUAUCUUGUUGUAUUAGUCUUAUUACUUGUUUUGCUCUGCGUUCUAUCCUACUCCUUACUCCGCGACAGCGUGCCUCACAAGACAUGUCAGCACUGCGGAUGAUGUCGCCGGGCGCCACUGCAGCCAGUCGUGUGCGCA